AUGUCUCUGCUCAGUUCUCUCAAAAACUCGCUCCUCUCCAUAACAAACGAAAAUAAUGGCGCCCUAGCGAACUUCAAGUUCGACUUCUCUCUCGUCAAGGUGGAAGCGCCCACCGAAUAUCUGCCACUGGGCUCGGCUCUAUCGACAAAACGACGAGUUGAAGCCGAAGAUGGCCCUCAGCACCGAACGGCUCAACGACUGGCGGCGUUGUUUGAGCAGCUCAUCCCCUCGGCGCCAAAGCUCAUUGAGGCGUACGGUAAACGGAUAUCCGAAAUCAUCAAGAUACCCGGUGUCAAUCCUGUCGGUUCAACGUCCCAUGGGCCGUUUAAAGAGUACAUAGGGGUUGACGGAACGGCGAUAUGGGCUGCAGCGACUUCAGGACGCUCGGCUUUGGCCAUAUUGCUUCUCGCCUGUAUACUCGCCCGAGCAUGGGACGACAAGGAGGCAAUAUCAAUAUGGGUCGAAUUGAUUGCCGAAAGAAAACGAGAGAUCCAGACGUCUCUUGAGGUCAACAACAUGGUCUCUGCAUCGAGUCUUAUGAGUUCUCUCCAAGAUAUCUCGAGACAGGACCUUGCACUCUGGGAUGCAAGUUCGCGUGCCUGGCUUCGCAGUGCUGAUCAGGCGAAGCAGCGGGAGCACGAUCAGUUGCAACUCAUACUGAAGAAUAUCAAUCUUCCUUUCCCGGGAGGGGCUUCUACGUACCAAAAAAUCAUAUCAACUUGGAAAGGAGCAAUGUUGGGCGUAGAGGACCUCCUGUGUGGUCGGCCUCAGUCGAUAUCAGACGCUGGUGUGCUUCUCGCACUCUCUUCCUGGCACCUAUACCCAGAUCUCAUUGUUCUGAGAAACAAGACGGUGAAUGUCAAGUUCAAAGAUCCAUUGUUUCCCAGCACAGGUAUUUGCACGAUCGGUCUCCAAAUAGAUGCUCCGGAAGAAAGCGGUGGUGUACGAUGGUCGUUGGCCUUGUCCCAUCUACAGUACUACGGAGCCCCUGUGACCGUCACAAGUUCGCCAGAUCAUACACGAGGCAGCAUCUCGCAGCUAUGUCUCGUUGCACUUGGAGGCCUUUUUGGUCAUUGGGAUGUCAACUCAAGAGACUUGGAAGCUGCAGCAAAGUUUUUCUGUGCUAUUGGGGAUAUCCUAGAAUUGCCAGCCUCAGGGUAUACGGUUCACUAUCAUCCCACAUGGAUUAAGCCUUUAAUCGCGGCCGCGAGGAAACUGUGCUUAUCGGCAGGAGAGGAGAAAGAGGAUAACCUCAGGCUUUUGCUAUUUGGCCGAAAACUGGCAACCACAUUCCUUAGACGAGCCGAAGAAACAGUCUCGCCUUACUUUGGCCUCUGUAACAUUCACAUUCUUUCUGCGCUCUCCGAGCACGAAAAUAGUGAGUGGGGUGUUACAUAUUUAAGAGAGAUUGCGAAAUCGAUGGGAUACAAAAGCGGCGAUUAUAUCAUAAUGUGCGCUCAUUUCAGUCCUCCCAAUGAUCCAGGUCCUGAUUAUGUGGAGUAUAUGACUGCCGUCCCCCAUAAAAGAAGACUUCUAGGCAAAAGGAACUCAGAAGGACAGGAAAUUUGUACAGCGGUACAUGCAAGGUGGUACGCUACAUCCUUUGAUACUACAGACAAAAAGGUGGACGAGGUCAUGGAGCUUAUGAACAGUCGUAUGCACCAAGUCAGGGCGAGACAUGAGGACUGCUUUCUUCUCCAAGCCGCGCAGGCCCCCCGGUAUUCGCCUGAGCUACUGGAAUGGGAUCAUCCGCCGCAGUUAUUCCGCUCCUAUGAUCAUGUUCAAUCCUUACCCGACCAUCACUUGGCCUGUUCUCUAUUAAACGACUCUACUGCAUGCCAAUGCUUUGAACCAAGCUUCGGCUUCGACUAUUCAGAGUCAGGUUUCAAGUUUACUUCGAAUUUUAUCCGCUUAUAUGGGGACUGGCGCUUUGGUCUGUUCGUUAAGCGCCCAGUUCAUGAAGUGAAAGAUAGAAUAGCUGCGAUCGAGAUAUGCUGCUCUAUAAGCCCCGGCGAUGCAGUACAACGUCUUGCGCAGCGUCCAGUGCUCGCACAAAGGCUCGGAUCCUAUCUACAUUCCAUACAAACACUAGCCAGCAGAUUCAACCCUCACGUUGGUAUUUACCUCUUAUUUGAAAAUAUAAAGAUCACUGGAAGCUUCUUUGCCUCCUUGGACGCUUUAUAUUUUGCAUUCCACGUUUACAAUCACUUGGAGGGUUCGACUAUACCUUUGCGAAUCGUGUCUAAGACGCUUUGUGAUGCUAAAUGGGCAUCGAAAAGAGUACAUUUUUCAGCCAGGAAACAGGCAUUUGCUUGCAUAGCUCACCUGGACUCAGGGACGAUCGACCUCGACCCUAGUGACCUGAACAAAACACUCGCGGUGUGCACUCAAAACUCGAUAUUUGUCGCCAGCUCAGUCCUUUCUGACCCUCUAGAUGCCCAUAAGCGGCCCAAAGUUAGACGUCUGGUCGGAAACAUUGGGAAAAAUGGCAUCUGCCUGUUAGUGGCACCUAAAGAUCCCCAAAUACGCCCGCUACAAUACGACUAUCGUCUUAUGCACCACGCACCAUACGACUAUAAGAGGGAAAACAGUUUCAGUGACACUUCUCUACACCUCUCGUUUACGGACUGGCGUGUUCCCCUACAUCGGGGAAACCAGACGAUUGACCAAGACGUCUAUUUCGUCGAGUCUGUGAUAUCUGUCCGAGACCGUGGACAUUGGGUGGCCGACCUCGAUGUUCUCAUGAUCGAAGACCGUACAUAUACCGGCCCGGAUAUUGGUCGACCUUGUCCUGGACAUGAAGACGACAUGCUUGAGUUGGACUAUACGUCUAUAGACAAUUGGGAAGAGCUACUUGACCCUCCCUCCCCCGUGGGAAUAUUCCGAGCCCAUGGGAAUUGGGUAGCUCGCCUCGCAGCGGUCAGCAUAUUGACUCAGAAGGGUAGUCUAGGUCUGCGAAUAUGUGUUUCCAAAGAGUCUUGCAUAAGGUGCAUCGCUUCGCAGCUCGAAGCUGAAGCAGACGAGAUUAAGUUGGAGCCUUUCUCCGCUAUCCUUAUAGACUAG